AUGGCGUGUCCGGAUGCUGUGUUACAGGGCGUGAAGGAGGGGGGCCAGAAGCCUCGGGGAGCGCAGACAGCGGACAAGGCUGGCUGGAUCAAGAAGAGCAGCGGGGGCUUCCUGGGCCUCUGGAAAGACCGCUACCUGCUCCUCUGCCAGGCCCAGCUGCUGGUCUACGAGAACGAGGAUGAGCAGAAGUGUGUGGAGACAGUGGAGCUGGGCAGCUAUGAGAAGUGCCAGGACCUUCGUGCCCUCCUCAAGCGGAAACACCGCUUUAUCCUGCUGCGGUCCCCAGGGAACAAGGUCAGCGACAUCAAGUUCCAGGCACCCAAUGGGGAGGAGAAGGAAUCCUGGAUCAAAGCCCUCAAUGAAGGGAUCAACCGAGGCAAGAACAAGGCUUUCGACGAGGUAAAGGUGGACAAGAGCUGUGCCCUGGAGCAUGUGACACGGGACCGCGUACGUGGGGGUCAGCGGCGCCGGCCCCCUACAAGAGUCCACCUGAAGGAGGUAGCCAGUGCAGCAUCCGAUGGGCUUUCGCGCCUGGACCUUGAUGUUCCUGACAGCGGGCUGCCAGUGUUUGCCCCCAGCAAUGAUGUCAGUGCAGCCCAGCCCCGGGAGACACCCCGGCCGCCCAUGCCUCCUACCAAGCCUUCCGCAGCACCUGAGACGACCAGUCUUGGUGAUGGAGUGGAGACCCCUGUAGGGGAGAGAGCCUCAAUCCCCGUCCCAGCAAGCUCUGAGACCCACCCUGAAAGCCGAGAAGACUCAGAGACUCCAGUGGGGGAGGACAGGGGCUCUGAGCAGCCCCCCAGCAGGGUCCUGCCUGACAAACUGAAGGUGAGCUGGGAGAGCCCCAGCCCUGAGGAGCCCCCUGACCCUGAGAGUACAGAACCGCCCCAGGUGCCUGAUUCUGGGACUUCCAAGGCCGUGCCUAGGGAGGGUGGGAAGCCCGCUCCACCCCCUACACCCCCAGCCAAGAUCUUAUCGGAGAAACUGAGAGCCUCCAUGAGUGGUGUGCAGGCUUCUGGGCCAGCCCAGAGUCCUGGGGCCUCUGAGACCUCUGCCCAAGGCCCAGCACAGGUCUCAGUGAAUGGUAUGGAUGACAGCCCUGAGCCCAUCAAGCCAUCCCAGGAUGCAGGCACCCCAGGAACUUGCCCAAAGAAUGCAACAACGUCCACAGCACUGCCCCAGUGGGACCCGCAGCCUCAGUUCCAUCCCCGCUGCUCCUCCCUGGGGGACCUGCUUGGGGAAGGCCCCCGACGUCCACGGAAGCCUGGGGAACAGCUGUAUCGGGCCCAGCUGGAGGUGAAAGUGGCCUCGGAACAGACGGAGAAACUGUUGAACAAGGUGCUGGGCAGUGGGCCGGCAACUGGGAAUCCCGAGGCGCUGCUCAGCCAGGCUGUGGAGCAGCUGAGGCAGGCCACCCAGGUCCUGCAGGAGAUCAGAGAUCUGGGAGAGGUGAGCCAGGAAGCACCUGGGCUCCGGGAGAAGCGGAAGGAGCUGGUGACCCUCUACAGGAGAAGCGCACCCUAG